AGUUGUUACAAACACUUCAAGCGAUUAAGUACACAGGGUAAAAUUAAAAAGAAAAAAAAACAUUUAUUUACUCGAUUUAUUUAGCAUAAAUUUAUUCAACUCAAACUUAACGCAUUGAAACGCAUACAUAAGUUAAAGCGAAGAAAAUAUGUUCAAAUAUUGUAUGAAAGAGACAUAAGCGCAAUGACAACUAAAGAUUUUUAUAUGGCGCCUAGGAAUUCAGGCUACUUCCGGUUAAAAACGGAAAUUAAUAUUUACACUUGAUUUUACACUUAAAACAAAUGGCUAGAAUUAGUGAUUAAAAAUGUGCAGAAAAAAGAAAGUAAAAGUGAAAAUAACGAAAGAAACAAUAAAUCAAAUUAAAGAUAACUAAAUAAAUAAUGUUUUUUUGGGGUUUGGAGUGGCAAAUAAUUAAUGGUAAAAACAAGUAAAAUUUGUAAAAUACAUUGAAGGAAAUAAAACGGAACGGAAACAUGGGAUUCAACUUUGACAGUGAUCGUUUGUCGUUUUCCGAGCCGGAUUUGCCAGCAUCUCUGAAACAUUUAGAUCGUUUUGUUAUUAAACAUCCGCACGAGUAUAUCACAGUAGAUGAAUUGAAAUUUUAUAGAAGACGAAAACCACCAGAACAUUUAACAAAAAGUAAUAUUUGUUUGACGGAUUUAAAGAAUGAUUUAGUGCUUCCUUUUAGUCCUUUAAAGUCGGAAUAUAGAAGAAGUUAUCUUGAUUUGGCACCAUCGCUUAGAACGCUGUCGCUAAGAAAAGCCACCUCUUUGCGUUUGGAAGGUUUAAUGCCCUUGAAUAGAUCGGAACAUCAGGAUCGUUAUCUGUGGUUUACACCAGAAGACUAUAAAAGCUCUCGUUCAUAUCCUAUGAAAAAACCUGAAAGUUUACAUUUUACUGGUGGUUUUGAUAUGGAGCCUGAAUAUCGUUCAUCCUAUGUUAUGUAUCCCAUGGUAGAUCGUGCCACCAAGAUUUUACCCAGAGAAAUGUUCAGUUUACAAUCUCCUGUUAAAACAAAUAAAACGUUGGAAAAGUCUUCGGUUGAUGUGGAAUUAAUUCAAAAAGUAAAUGAAGAUAAAGUGAAACGCGAAAAGGCCAGUGAUUUGCAACAAGAGUGUCAUUUGCAAAGAAGAGCCAUCACUGAUGAAAGCCACUUUAAUGUUACACCCUCCGAAUAUCAAAGGCAAUUUGUGCCACAACUCAUUGAAAAGGCUCACUCUAUACCUCAAAUGAGUCACAUUAAAAUGCAGGGUGAUUUUCAUACCAUACCCGAGUAUCAAGACAGUUUUAAGAUGUAUGCCAGUUAUUCAAAGCCCAUGCCCAUUAUAAAGAGUGAUAAUUUACUCAUGUCGGGUUCAGAAAUUCAAAUAAAUCCCAAUGAGAAUUCCAAAACUAUGCCGGAGUAUCGCGAAAAAUUCCACGAUUUACCCAAAGAGAUGGUAAAAGAGAAAUCUUUGAAAACCGAAGAUCAUUUAAGACCAAAUGGAGAUUUUUCAAAAGAUGUGCCAGAAUAUUUUGAGAGCUUCCGUGAUCCCCAAGUUAAACAAUUGCCCGAAAAGGGUAAAUGCCGUGAACCUUAUCUGCAUUUGAAAGGAAAACUCGAAUUUAAUCCAGAAUAUAGAAAUACCUACUUAAACUUUCCGCGCUCUAGACCAAUAGUACCAAAACCCACUUCCACUUUCCGUUUGCCCACCUCUAAUACCACCACUACUACAAACUCUUCCCGCAAUCGAUCUUCUGUUUCACCACGCAAAUAUGAAGGAGCUUCGAACUCAACACCGAGUAUUGUAGAACCGGAAACUGAUAUUACAAUAACACCCGAAUACCGUAGAGCCUGUUAUAAUUACCAAAUACGCGAAAGAUCGCCCAAACAAAAAGCCAUUAUAGAAACUCCAAUGCCUAAAGAUGGUAAGAAAUUUCAUCGCAAAUCGGUUUCACCGCAAUAUCAAAAAACCAACACUGCCCUAAAUCGUCAACGCCGACCACUGAUUUUGGAGUCUCCUCAAUCUUCUUCACCAGGCCUGGAAAACAUCGGACAGCAAUACAAACAACAAAAGACACCCAAAUUUGGACGACGUGCUACUGGGUCAGUUUUAAAGAAUGCUGAAAAUUGUCGUGCAAACACUUCGAUAAUUGAGGGAAAUCCCAAGUACACAAUGACACAGCGUAAAGAUGCCUAUAAUUCCGAAAAUAUACACGAUUCAUUUGUUGUUUUGGAAAAUAACCCCUUUAAACGUUCCCACUGGAUGAAAUAGUAUUAAGUCUAACAAAUUUCAAAUAUUAAAUGCAAUAAAAACUAAAUCCAAAC